AUGGUCGAGUCAAAACGACGUGAAGCACGGUGCAUUUGCGUACGCGCUCGAAACGGCGCGGUGGAGGCAGCAGUUGGAGCCGAGGUGGUUCUCUACAAGGAACUACGUCGCAAACCAGGCUUACUCACAUACAAGCCCCGAUUGAAGCUGAAAUGCACAGUAACAUGUGAUACCAAGGAAACGAGCUCCGAGAUCACUGGAACUCUACUGUGGGUCCGUAUGAUUCACGAUACAGUAAAGAGGAUCGCUGGUAGAGAAGACACUCUCGGGGACAAAAUUGUAUUUCCGGAUUCAGCCCACAUAAUUGACACAAUCAUUUCGGGAGACAAAACGCUCGUCAUUCCCGCACUAUCAUUUACGGCUAAGAUAGUCACUGGUUACGUUUUGUUCUGGACAUGGCCUCGAGUGAUCGUCAUUGCUUUCUGCCGAUGCGUAUUCUCUCGAUCGCUUACAUCCAACGACAGGAAUGUAAACUAG